AUGGUUCUUUCAAGUGAAUCCUUUCUCAUACGAUCAAAUCGAGUAAUUGAUCCAUUUAACCGCCUCGGAGCAAUAGCUCGGGCUUCUUUAACUGUAAUCGAAUUUUGUCAGAUUGAAGGGCCCCGACCAUUAGCUAUGGUUCAUACAACAGGAGGUGGUGUUCCGAUUGACAUUGACUCACUCUCUGUAUGGCUGAUGUCAUCUGAAACAGCGACUGGGACUGUCCUUUGUCUAUAUAAUCAACAAUCGGCAGUUUACGCUUUAUCAUAUCAUUUCACGAUUUAUGACAUCAAAGCUCGAGCCUUUCAAAGACCUUUAUGUUUGGCAUACCUCUCAUCGAGCAAACCAACAGGGGAGCUCAUCAGUAAGUUCACUCUAGCAGUUAGAAAGUUACUGGUUCCCUUUGUGUCAUGCAAUCGAAAACUAUUUUUGAGCCAAUUAAAUGAUGUCAUCUCUCUGUCAGAUUCUAUCGAAAAUGACACAGUUCAAAGCUACUACAAUCUUAAUCCGGAUGAUGUUAUGUCCAUAAUGAAGAAUCAGAAGUUCAUCAACGCCUCGGAGCAGGCGAGGAAGUUAAAACCAAGAAUGUCUAUGCUGUACGAAGAGCUGAGCUGUACAGAUUCAAUUGCAUCGGAUUGUGCUGGCCACCGAACAACAGAAAGAGAAUUGGCUGAGCAAGCCUUUCUAUCGUUCAGAGCUAAUGAUCCUCUUGAACAUAUCAAAGAUUUGGCUCCGUGUGCAUACGGCCAAUUUAUCAGUUCUUUAAAGCCCUUGUUAUCUCAUCUGUAUGAAACGAUUCCCAAAAGAGGCAUUUUAUAUUCGGGAGCAGGUCCAAUUCUCAAGUUUCCGAAAUACGAAUCACCUAUGAAGGAAAAAAGAACUUCAAGUUCCGAAGUGGAGUCAGAAGACGAGGAAACGUUGAAGCAAUUGUGUCUCAAUUUGGAUAAUAUUUUGUUCCCAAUUCUUGCCGGUCAAACUAUCAUUGUUAGCGGGUCAGUACAACGAAAGCGAACUGUGAUCGAUCUGGUUAACAAGUUGAACUUGCUGAAGCCCAAAUCACAUUCCAACCAUGAAGUUAAAUCUUGGGUUGAAGAUUUAGACAACAUUCCAAGCGGCAUCGUUGGUGUUUGUGCUACAAAAAAGGAAAAGGAAUUCCUGUUAAAAACUAAAAGUGUGUUGUUGGACACAAACACAUCCACUCUUCAUUUAGUUCCAUACCAAGGAAAGCUACUUGCUGAUCUUCAUUGUAAACGGAAGUUCCCGACGGAUAAUUGUCUUCAGUUAUUUUUGACGGCAGCUCUUUCCCGUUUAUGUAUGCUUGUUUAUUAUUCGAAGCACACAGCUUUGAACGCUUUAAAGGAAGAAGAGUUGUCCUUAGACGAUGAAAUGAUCAUCUCUAACCUGCUAGCUGAGGUUGAUUUGAUCCGCUACCAAAGUUUUAAAGACAGCAUUUCGAAAAAACUCUCUCAAAGAAAUCUAUCUGUUAAACAAAUUUCUCUCUGA